GCCAGCUAAGCCUGAGAACAUUUCCUGUGUCUACUACUAUAGGAAAAAUUUAACCUGCACUUGGAGUCCAGGAAAGGAAACCAGUUAUACCCAGUACACAGCUAAGAGAACUUACGCUUUUGGAAAAAAACAUGAUAAUUGUACAACCAGUAGUUCUACAAGUGAAAAUCGUGCUUCGUGCUCUUUUUUCCUUCCAAGAAUAACGAUCCCAGAUAAUUAUACCAUUGAGGUGGAAGCUGAAAAUGGAGAUGGUGUAAUUAAAUCUGAUAUGACAUGUUGGAGAUUAGAGGACAUAGCGAAAACUGAACCACCUGAGAUUUUCAGUGUGAAACCAGUUUUGGGCAUCAAACGAAUGAUUCGGAUUGAAUGGAUAAAGCCUGAGUUGGCGCCUGCUUCAUCUGAUUUAAAAUAUGCACUUCGAUUCAGGACAGUCAAUAGUACCAGCUGGAUGGAAGUCAACUUCACUAAGAACCAUGAAGAUACAAACCAAACCUACAACCUUAUGGGGCUGCAGGCUUUUACAGAGUAUGUCGUAGCUCUGCGAUGUGCGGUCAAGGAGUCAAAGUUCUGGAGUGACUGGAGCCAAGAAAAAAUGGGAAUGACUGAGGAAGAAGCUCCAUGUGGCCUGGAACUGUGGAGAGUCCUGAAACCAACUGAGGUGGAUGGAAGAAGGCCAGUGCGGUUGUUAUGGAAGAAGGCAAGAGGAGCCCCAGUCCUAGAGAAAACACUUGGCUACAACAUAUGGUACUUUCCAGAAAACAACACUAACCUCACAGAGACAGUGAACACCACUAACCAGCAGCUUGAACUGCAUCUGGGAGGCGAGAGCUAUUGGGUGUCUAUGAUUUCUUAUAAUUCUCUUGGGAAGUCUCCAGUGACCACCCUGAGGAUUCCAGCCAUUCAGGAAAAGUCAUUUCGGUGCAUUGAGGUCGUGCAGGCCUGCCUUGCUGAGGACUGGCUAGUGGUGAAGUGGCAAAGCUCUGCUCUAGACGUGAACACUUGGAUGAUUGAAUGGUUUCCGGACAUGGACUCAGAGCACCCCACUCUUGCCUGGGAAUCUGUGUCUCAGGCCACGAACUGGACGAUCCAGCAAGAUAAAUUAAAACCUUUCUGGUGCUAUAACAUCUCUGUGUAUCCAAUGUUGCACGACAAAGUUGGCGAGCCAUAUUCCAUCCAGGCUUAUGCCAAAGAAGGCAUUCCAUCAAAAGGUCCUGAGACCAAGGUGGAGAACAUUGGCGUGAAGACGGUCACGAUCACAUGGAAAGAGAUUCCCAAGAGUGAGAGAAAGGGUAUCAUCUGCAACUACACCAUCUUUUACCAAGCUGAAGGCGGAAAAGGAUUCUCCAAGACAGUCAACUCCAGCAUCUUGCAGUAUGGCCUGGAGUCCCUGAAACGAAAGACCUCUUACACUGUUCAGGUCAUGGCCAGCACCAGUGCUGGGGGAAUCAACGGGACCAGCAUAAAUUUCAAGACAUUGUCAUUCAGUGUUUUUGAGAUUAUCCUUAUAACUUCUCUGAUUGGUGGAGGCCUUCUUAUUCUCAUUAUCCUGACGGUGGCAUAUGGUCUCAAAAAACCCAACAAAUUGACUCACCUGUGUUGGCCCAGUGUUCCCAACCCUGCUGAAAGUAGUAUAGCCACAUGGCGUGGAGAUGAUUUCAAGGAUAAGCUAAACCUGAAGGAGUCUGAUGACUCUGUGAACACAGAAGACAGGAUCUUAAAACCAUGUUCCACCCCCAGUGACAAGUUGGUUAUUGACAAGUCGGUGGUGAACUUUGGGAAUGUUCUGGAAGAAAUGUUCACAGAUGAAGCCAGAACGGGUCAGGAAAACAAUUUAGGAGGGGAAAAGAAUGAGUACGUGACCCACCCCUUCAGGCCUGACUGUCCCCUGGGGAAAAGUUUUGAGGAGCUCCCAGUUUCACCUGAGAUUCCUCCCAGAAAAUCCCAAUACCUACGUUCGAGGAUGCCAGAAGGGACCUGCCUAGAAGCCGAAGAGCAGCUUCUUGUUUCUGGUCAAAGUCUAGAAAGUCUAGCACCAGACCAUGUGUGGGAGGCAGCGGCCCCAAAUCCGUAUUUGAAAAAUUCAGUGACAACCAGGGAAUUUCUUGUGUCUCAAAAACUUCCAGAGCACACCAAAGGAGAAGUCUAAAUGCGACCAUAGCAUGAGACCCUCAGGGCCUCAGUGUGGAUGGCCCUUGCCAGAGAAGAUGUCAAGACUCAGCAUGCAGCGCUUGCUUGGCCCCGCCACAUCCUGCCUGGGUUCAAGUCUCCCCUGCCCUUGAGCUGCCAGUUGAACUUGGUCGGCACAGGUGUGACCUUGUGCUGGGAAGAAGCGAUGGUGAUAAGCCCAAGUUUUGGAAAGGAA